AUGCAUCAGGAACUUACGACACAGUCGCGCCCGCUCACGACAUGGAACCAGGCCGCCGUUCGUGGCUAUAUAAGACAGGUCUAUUGCUUCGGUACCGAUGGCGGCCGUCAGGCGCUGGAGGCGCUGCGCGAGAACCUCGACCAGGCGCUCAAAAGCGUGUGUCUGCGCAUGGCUUACAUGGCUGGUAGGCUGUCCCUCUCCAAAGAACAGCCUGGUAUCCUCGUCCUGCAUACUGGCAAAGGCGAUCAGAUCACUGUCGCAACGUGCGAUGCGCGUGGCAACAAGAAUCUAGCCUUUUCCAGGCUAAAGAAACUGGGGUUUCCUGCAGGUGCUUUUGUCGGGCCCCUGUUCGAUCAUGGCGAAACCUUGACUGAAGACGGUCCCCCGGUUCCUGUCGCCCAAGUUCUACUCAUUCUAGUAGACGGCGGCAUCCUCAUGUGCCCCUUUGUAUAUCACUCCAUCACAGACGGGGUAGGGCUCACCCAGUUUCUUUCUGCAGUAGCAGCAGCAAUGAAGGGCUUAGACAAGUUUUCGCUGAAGCCGCUGAGCUACCCCAACAAGAUUGACAUUUCCAUGCCAUCAAGCCCAAAGGACAAGGGUAAGGACGCCGAGUUAGCCAAUGUCUUGAGCAAACAAUGUCCAGACCUAAAAUUAGUGAAGCCUGGCGCCAACCAUGAAGACGACAAUACCAGCAUGUUUGUUGUGUCUAAAGUCAAAUUCGGUGGUAUAUUCGUAUUUGGCCCUGACAAGCUACAGCUAAUCAAAGAUGCGAUCCUGUCUGCCGGCUGCUCCAGAAGAGUGUCUACGUUCUGCUGCCUGACGGCGAUUUGUUGGGCCUUCAUGACCACCGCACGGCUCAGAACCGUCGGCGCCGCGGACGGGGCGAGAAGAAACGACACCAGAUGCCGCGUAUUCAUACCGACCUGGUGGGGAGACCGCUUGUUCCCAAAGCAGCUCGUCCACUAUGCAGGAAAUGCCGUGGUGUUUACCGAAGCCUGCCACGGCGCUGCGGACCUGUUCACUAUUGCGGAAACGGCCGCGACCAACUUGGCCAAAGCCAGCGGCGCACUGGCGCGGGUGGUGAAGACUGUCGAAGCGGCGUUGAACAGCGUCGACGAAGGGUUCGUCAAGACGCGCUCGGCGCUCUUCAACAGCGUUCGCGACCCGCGGCAGAUCCAGUACAGCUUCACGCCGUCUGACCCCACACAGCUCUUCUUCAACUCGUGGCGACGACUGGGCGCCGACAUUGAGUGGACGAUACCGACCGCCGCUGGCCUGAAGCGGACGACGGCCGAUGCGGUGCGCAAGAGUCAGAGCGAGUGGAAUGAGAGCGCCGGCCUGAUCAUGCCAGGACGGCGUGAUCAGGAGGAAUACGAGGUCGUUCUUAGCUCAGACGCCGACUCUAUGAAAGCACUGCGAAACAAUCAAGCAUGGAAAAGUUGGGUCGACAGGGAGGUUUUUUGA